UACACGGAAUAAAGUAAUCACUAAUAAUGCAAAGUAGCAUAAUUAGUGCUACAUUAGAUAUUAACAUGUUUAUUUCCAUUCAAACAAAGGGUUUCCCACUUGAUCGGAGCAGGUGAGUGAUAGCAGCACACACCUGCCUCUUAUUAACAGUCUAUCCCUGCUGGGCCCCGCCUUAAUAAACACAACAUAUGAUCUCUGCAGGAAUUCACCGACAAAAUGAACUCACUGGAGUAUUCGUUCGUGUUUUUCGUGCUGGUGCCUCACACCAUAUCUCUAGGGCGCUGCGACGAUAUUUCCUUCUCUAUAUGCUGGAUGAGCAGGGGGGACACCCUGGAAAGGAAAAAUGGAAACAUAUGGCUCAACGACACAUCAUUAAAAUCCAUCAGACAGGUGGAUAAAGUUACCUCCCUGACAGUGUUUCCUGUUGUAAAAAACAAGCUAACACUCCAGUAUGGAGGCUCUGUACAGACUUGGACUUUAACAAUCAGCCCACGUACAAAAUACACUGAAGUCAGAGGCCGACAGAAACCCUCGCAACAUCCAACAAACUCCACCAAGGGUCUCUUGGAGCUGUUGAGUCCCACUGAGGUGUUUGUGUGUGAAAAUAGCACAUUAUUCUUCCACCAGGAUGAAGACUUCUUCCUUGCAAUUGGACACACUAAGCGUCUCCCUCUCAAACUGGAAUCCAGGAGUCCUUCCAUGUUGUUGGUCUCCUGGGUGGAGAAUCACCCAAAUAUUAUCCUCAGUCACACUGUGACACUGUACCACAUUGAACUGGGCUCCUACAACACAGUCAGUAAAGACACUACCAUCCAUAACCACUACCGCUUCUCUGCACUGGACUCCUGCAGCCGCUAUGUGGCCUGUGUGGAGAUAGAAGAGACUCACUCCUUCACCUGCCUCUCUACUAUUACUGACCCUGACAUUCCUCAGGACUUUGAGGUCAUGUCAUGGAACAGCAGCAGCAUAUCGCUGGCCUGGGACUGCCCUAUGAACCGGAAGUACUCCUCCUUCCUCCUCACCACCUUCUACCUCAACGGUACCGACUACGUCACUGAGGAGGUCGCUGUGUGGCUCAAUGAGGACAGCUUUGAGUUCAGCUUAUCCGACAUGCCGCCCUGCACCAGGGUCACGUUUGGCCUGCAGGCUGUUUGCCAGGCAGGGAUGGAGUCCCGCUACAGCAGGAUGGUCCUGAAUGAUGGAAACUCAUUCCACUCCAGUAUCAAGACUUUGCAUCAGAGUUCCUUUGGCCCAGACUACUACACCCUGAGCUGGGAGGUGAGGAACACCUCAUCCAUCUCCAUGUUCAGAGUUUACCAUGAGGGGGCGCUGCAGGGCACCACGCUGACCACCGACUACACAGUGGGGGGGCUGCUGCCGUGCCACAAGUACCAGGCCAAGGUGGAGGCAGUGUGUGGAUACGGUGUGCUCAUGGAUACCAAGACGGCCACAGCACACACAGGACCUCGUGGUGUGUCUGAGCUCAGGUAUCGCACUAAUGACUCCACUGUCAUAUGGACACCCAGCAACCCUGAGCGGUCAGCCGUGGCCUUUUUAUACGAGCUGUCCCUGGAUAACGGCUCAACUAUCCAAAGCAGCCGAGUGACCAGUUCAGAGCUGCGCCUCCCAGGACUGGAGGAGGGCAAGACCUACAUCUUGGACGUGUGGGAGGAAUGCAAUGGCCGGUGGGAGUCUGAACAUUCUCAUUUGUAUUUUAAAGGAGCAAAUUCAUCCUCAGGGUUUGACGUGAGGACUCAUAGAAAUGCUCAUGAUCCAGAGCGGCAGUUUGAAAGCAUUGGUCUCACAAUGAUCGUGCCCUGGUCGCUGCCUGACAUUCUACAGGACGAUGUCUCAGAACCCAGAGUUAAGAUGGAGGAGAUCUUCAAAGAUAAGAUGCAGGAGCUGUUGAAAGAUUUUGAUCAGCCAGUCCGCAUCGAGCUGCAAACCUUUGAGCCCGCAGACAAGCCAGACAAAACAGAGGUUCUGUUUAUGUCUUUUGAUGCCUCCAAUGCUGAAGAAGAUGUGGCCCUGUCUAUUGAGGAUCAGCUUAGAUACAUUAGGUCCCUGAAUUACAAAAACAUCACAGUUAGAGACGGGAUCAUUUACUGGGACGGUCCAGACCUGUGUGCUUCCAAGCAAACCGUGUGUCCCCAUAAUUCUCUGUGCAUCAACACUCUGGGCUCCUAUUCUUGUGUUUGCCAUCAUGGUUUCUAUGAUGUGAGCUCUGUCAUGGAGCCUCCUGCUGCCUCACAUCCUGUCUGCAAAGAGAAAGGUCUGUUCAGCCAGUGUUUGGAUAAAGUGAUGACGGGUGGAAUAGCAAAGCCCUACCUAACUUCUCACAUCGGCGGAAAGAUUGAGUUGAAGCUGAAUGAUGGCCGGUGCACCGUGAACGAGAAUGACAUGAUGUACUACUUCCGCACUUCACGAAAGUCCUUUGAAUGUGGAACAGAGAAGCAGGUCAACAAAACUCACAUCAAAUUCCAAAACACUCUGACCGUCACCUUAAGCAAAGAGCAGACCAUCAGCCGGCGGGAUCUAAAAGUUGUCUGGAAGUGCGUCUACCUACGCCAUUAUGUCCGCAACGCUCAAGUCAGUGUGGAUAUGGAGUGGCUCUCCUCCAUUACCUUGGUGGAGAUCAACUCUUCACUCCAGCUGGGCCUGAUCAUGAGCCUGUAUAGGGAUCAGUUUUACACCUCCAGCUACAGAGAGGCCAUAACUCUGGGGUUUGAGGACAUCCUGUUCUUCCAGGUGGCCCUGCAGACCAACACCUCUUUUGUCUCCGACAUACUCCUGCAGGUGGACUCCUGCUGGGCCACUGAAAGCACUGACCCACAGGAUACCGUCAAGGGCGAUCUUCUUCAGGACGGCUGUCCUGUUGACAACACAUUCCACUGGCACUCUGUUAAUGGCCUGGCACAGACUAGCAGGUUUUCCGUUGAGAUGUUCAACAUGCCAAAGGAGUUACCCCUCUACUUUCACUGCCUGAUCAAUAUAUGUGGACAUAAUGAAGACUGCACUAAGAACUGCACCAAUCCACAUCGCACCAAGAGGUCAGAGAGCCAGAUGGACAGAAAAGAGAAACAAGCUGCUGUUGUGUCUGCUGGACCUCUGGUGGUCAACACGAGGGUGAAGUCAAUCCGGCCAUCUUACUGGGCAGAGCACAUGACAAUGAUCUUCAUUGUGGCCAGUACAAUAGGCUUUUUGGGAGUAACUGUGCUCUCAGUGAGUGCAGCCAAAGCAAUCAUGACAUACUAUGAACAGCUACGGCUGCAAUAAAGUGUUUGGAACGUCAUCUAUGAGUAUGCUAUGCUACCAUCAGCAAUGCUAUGGCUUCACUACAGAGCAAAGCAGGAAUGACUAGAAUUUUCCAAAACAUAUUUUUUGUUAACGUGUCUUACUCUAGCUUUCCAUAGCUUGAUGCAGCAGUAGCACACAUGAAAGCAGGAGCAAGCAGACAACAGUUUGAAAAUUAAGAUUCUUGGUAUAAUGUGGAGCGUUUCGCAUCAUGUGCUAAUUUCUUGUGAUAACAUGAAACGUGUCAGGUUUUAGUGUGAUUAUAUUUUAGUUGUGAUAUUGUAAUAAUGCAGAGAAAGGACAAAUUGAGGAAUAAUUGUCACUUACACAGGUGAUAAAGUUCUACUUUUGGUGUGUCUAGAACACACCAUCAGAUUUGUGUUGUUCUGAACUCAGAGCUGAACUCAGUUUGACAAAGAGCUGCUGUGUUGAAUCUGUCAUUUUUCAUGAUUAAGGGGCCUAAAACUCCACAUGAUGUAUUUUCACUCAGAAAGCUGCUCUGCUAUCUUAUUAUGGUUUUAAUGUGAGUGACUGUUAGUACGCUGCCAUCUCCUCAUAACUCUUUAGAACAAGGGUGUCAAACUCAUUUUAGUUCAGGGGCCACAUCCAGCCCAAUUUGAUCUCAAGUGACCAAUAAAAUCAUGACAUAAUAAACUAAAAAUAACUCCAAAAUUUCCCUUUGUUUUAGUGCAAAAAGUACAUUCUGAAAAUGUUCACAUUUAAUGAACUAUGUUUUUACAGAACAUUAUGAACAACCUGAAAUUUCUUGAGAAGAAUAAGUGAAAUUUUAACAGUAUUAUGCUUCAGUUUAUCAUUUACACAUUACAACUUACUGAUCACAGAGUAUAAAGGCAAAAAGCAUUUAGUCACAGGUAUCUGGAAGUGAACAAUCUACUAUUUUACUUUAUGAUCGACACAACUUGUCAAGAUCUGGAAAUCAUUUUAAAUGUGCAUUCAUUUCCACUUCUGUGUGGUAAUCAUGACCACCUGAACCGAAUCACCACACAAACUAAAGAGAACUAUUAAGGAAGAGGUUAAGUUGUUCCCGUGCUUUGUAAAUGUAUAAAAUUUAUACAUAAAGAUGCAUGAAAGCUGUGCCAGUGCAUCAAAAGUAGGGUUCAACCAAACCAAACUCUCUCGUACUGAAGCUAUCGCACAAUGUUUAAUGUCUUUAAAUGUUUUCACAUUAAGUAUUCAUUUUCCCCUGUAAUUUUUACACUUUGCAAAGUCAUCCCGCAGGCCAUGUUGGACCCUCUGGCUAACUGGUUUUGGCCUGCGGGCCUUAUGUUUGACACCCUCUCCUCCGGCAGGUUCAGGGUCAUGAGGGACAGAAAGACUUAAAACGACUUUUUCCCCAGGACUAUAAGAGCCUGAGCUGAACUUGAACUUUACACUCUGCAUUGUUUCCAAUAUUUUAUAUACUGCUGUGACAAAGAGAGCUAUCAAACGAAAUGUUGUUGUAUAAGAAUAUCCAAUGGCAAUAAAGAGUCUAUCUGUGUCA